AUGGCUGGGAGUGCCUCCAUCACUUCCCAUACGAUGGUUGAUGAUAAUUUUGGAUUCAAUUCACUAGUCUUUUUUGCUGAAGCCAAAGGAGGACUGGGAGUUAAAGAUUUAGGAGAAGUCAUGAAAGCCAUGAAAGGGAAACUGGCUUGGGCAUAUCUAUCCAGCAAGUCAAUAUGGAGUACUUUUGUAAGGGCCAAAUAUGGGGAUCCUGCUAAUUUCUCAGCAGUUAAUUAUCGCAUAGGCUCACUGGUGCGGAGAUCCUUAUUAACUCAAAUAAGCUCUCUUCUGGACAAAUCUAUAUGGGUGGCAGGUUCAGGACACAUUCGGCUAUGGCAAGAAAAAUGGGCAAUGACCACUCUUCCAGAACCCACAACAAGCCUAGAAAUUUCAGGUUCUCAAGCCAAAAAGGAUCCUGCGUUGCUUAACCUACUGCCUGCAGUAGUCUGA